AUGUGCCGAUUCCUGGUAUACAAGGGCAGCGACGAGAUCCUGCUGUCCAAGCUGAUCCUGGACCCUACGCACUCCAUUCUCAAGCAGUCUUUCGACUCGCGCCUCCGUCUGGACACGCGACGAGGCCAGAACAAUGCCGAUGGGUUCGGCAUCGGCUUCUACACCGACCCCAAGCUGGGCGCCGCUCCCUGCCUCUUCACCUCGACCAUCCCCGCCUGGAACUGCACCAACCUCCAGCGCAUCGCCAGCAAGACCGCCAGCCGGCUGAUCUUCGCUCACGUCAGAGCCACCACCGAGGGCACCUUGAGCGAGGAUAAUUGCCACCCCUUCUGUCAUGGCAGUCUGAUGUGGAUGCACAAUGGCGGCUUGGGAGGAUGGAAGCAUAUCAAGAGAAGACUGGGCGAGCGUCUCGCCGACAAGUGGUUCUUGGGGGUCGUGGGCGGCACAGACAGCGAGUGGGCAUUCGCCUUGUUCCUCGAUACUCUCGAGAGAAUGGGUUACGACCCGAGCUCCCAGCCAGAGAACGGGUUUGGGCCAACUGUUCUGCGAAAGGCUAUGCUCAAGACAAUCGCCAUCAUCAACGAGCUCAUCGAACAGAUUCCCGAAAGCGUCAUUCACGACCAGAACGUAGACACGCGCAGUUUGCUCAAUUUCGCCCUGACGGAUGGCCACAGCACUGUUUGCACAAGAUACAUCAGCAGCUCGACGGAUGAGGCGGCAAGCAUGUACUACUCGUCUGGGAGCCAGUGGGAGAAUCGGCCGUACGACGGUGACAACCGCAACUACCAGAUGGAGCGGCGGGACAAGGGUGCCGACGUUGUUCUGGUAGCUAGUGAGCCGCUGACGUUUGAAAGAGAGAACUGGGUCAAUGUCCCCACCAACUCGAUUUUAACUAUUCACGGCCAGACGGUCAUGGUUCACCCCAUUGUAGACCAAUUUUACCGCCGCAGCCCGUAUCACAAACGCUCUUCAGCGUUUGUACAAACGAAGGGACUUGCCACCAACGAAAAGUCUGCUGUUCCUACACGGAUCGGCAGCCCGUCGGCGUCUCUACUCGCGAAUGAGAUCGAGGCGCAGAAGAAGACGCUCACUCCGAGCAUCCCUUUCAGCAUGAUGCGCUCCCGGACACCCGAGUUAUCAAGUAUCUUGCCUCGUGGCCGGACGUCAUUGUCCGUUGUGGAACAGGCACCAGACAUCCGCACCGUGACGAUAUCCCCCCCAUUGUCGAGACAGUCCUCGACACCGAAUGCUCCGUCUCAGGGAAACAUCAAAAAGAAACGCAUGUCCCUUAACGAACUAGAGCAACUUCAAGGUGAUGACGUCGCGGACCAAGAGCCAACGACACCCAUCACACCCCUCGAGCGCCCGAGAAGCGAAUAUGGGAAUCCCAAUAAGAUCGCUCAGUUCUUCCCGGAGCUCACAUUGUCACCAUAG